CUCGGUCUCCGCCCCCGGAGGUCACCUAACUGUUAGCGCCCGUGCCGCGGAUAACUUCGCGAGGUCUUAUCGGUGUCGCCGCCUUUGUCUCUGCAGCAUGGCUUUUGUAACGCGGCAGCUCGUGCGCUCUGUGUCCUCCUCGUCCACUGCCUCGGCCUCGGCGAAGAAAAUCAUCGUCAAGCACGUGACGGUUAUCGGUGGCGGGCUGAUGGGCGCCGGCAUCGCCCAGGUUGCUGCAGCAACUGGCCACACAGUAGUGUUGGUGGACCAGACAGAGGACAUACUGGCGAAAUCUAAAAAGGGGAUCGAGGAAAGCCUUAGGAAAGUGGCCAAGAAGAAGUUUGCAGAAAACCCCAAGGCGGGUGACGAAUUUGUGGAGAAGACCUUGAGCAGCAUAUCAACCAGCACGGACCCUGCAUCCGUAGUCCACAGCACGGACCUGGUGGUGGAGGCCAUCGUGGAGAAUCUGAAGGUGAAGAACGAGCUCUUCAAGAGGCUGGACAAGUUUGCCUCUGAACACACGAUCUUUGUCAGCAAUACCUCCUCUCUGCAGAUCAACAUAGCCAACGCCACCAUGAGACAGGACCGAUUCGCCGGGCUCCACUUCUUCAACCCAGUGCUGAUGAAGCUGGUGGAGGUCAUUAAAACACCAAUGACCAGCCAGAAGACUUAUGAAUCUCUGAUAGACUUCACCAAAGCCCUGGGAAAGCAUCCUGUUUCUUGCAAGGACACUCCGGGGUUUAUUGUGAACCGUCUGCUGGUGCCGUACCUCAUGGAAGCGAUCAGGCUGUACGAACGAGGUGAUGCAUCCAAGGAGGACAUCGACACUUCCAUGAAGCUGGGAGCUGGUUACCCCAUGGGCCCAUUUGAGCUUCUCGAUUACGUGGGGCUGGAUACUGUGAAGUUCAUUUUGGAUGGGUGGCAUGAAAUAGAUGCCAAGAACCCCUUGUUUCAGCCUGUUCCGUCCUUGAAGAAGCUGGUAACGGAGAACAAGCUGGGCAAGAAGACUGGCGAAGGUUAUUACAAGUACAAGUGAGGCUCAGCUUGUCUGGCUCCGGGAGGAAGCCCCGGAGGCAUGUGCCAGCAGCUCCCCCAAGUGCCCACGGGAAUGUUCUGUGGUCAGACGUUCCCUCACACAGCACAGUCUGUUCGAUGUGCAUUUUGAUUGUAAUCUAGCUGACAUAAUUAUUUACACUAAUUGUCAUAAUGGCCGAUUCCACCAAUGAGAACUGAUUUCCCUUUUUCAGUCUGUUCAUUUCUGUGUAUUUUCUGAAAAGCGUUAUACCCUCAGUGCCUUGGAGCAAACCUUACCAUUUUUGUCAAGAAGUGCCCAGAUUCCCUCACUUGUGGAGGGGCCGGCACUUGCUCUGGGUGCUGUUGUGUUGGGUGUUCCCUUGUGGGAGCGUGAGGAGCUGCCGGUGGCGUGUCUGGGAGGGACCGCCGUGAGCAGCACCCACAUCUGGCCUCGCCGAGAACAGUUGCUCCCCACAGCUGUAAGCCUUACCUAUAUUUGGGGCAUGACCUGAGAUGUCAUGUCUUUACCCAGCUCAGGCUGUCGGUGGGCCUGUCUCCAAGUGCUUGGUUUGCGGGAACAGGUUUCAUUCACAUCCAGAACCUCAGUGAUGAUGGUCUGUCUGUCUGUCUCUCUCUUUUCCCCAUGAGAAAUCAUUGCUACAGACUGCCUGUAAAUUGAUUCUAAUAAAAUGCAAUCUUUUAAUCUGUGAAAAUCUGAACUGAAAUAAACAUGUAUAAUUUAAAAUUGUAA